AUGAAUUACAAUAAGUUUAGAUUGUUUUCAUUCACAACAACACUGAUGUUGGGAGUUCUUUUGAUACAGAAUGUAAAUGCCGAAGAAAGCACUCGAACCAGGAUACAGAAACAUAGAGAAUGGCUACAGAAACGAAGAGCUGAGAAAUUAUCAGCUGGUUAUGUCGAAUCAAGCGAUCCAUAUCAGAAAAUCAAAUAUUUCAAGAAACUGAUAAAGUUCAGGAAUCAAAAUGACAGAAGUGUCAAUGAGAUUUCUUUCAUACCUCGUUUAAUUGACGAGAAAGAUGUGAGUGAUCGAUCAAAUGGACAAGUGAUGUCAAACAAUGAUGUUAAAAUGACAACAGUUAUAGUUGAAGGCGGAAAUAAAUUUGCUUAUGAUACAAUUAACAACAAUGAAGACAUGGAUUUCGCAGGCAAUAAUGCUUCCAAUUCGGGAGUUUUGGAAGCCAAUAACAAAACAAACAUAACAAAGACAUCUAAUGAAGUCGUCGAGCAAUCAACGCCAGAUUCGACGAGUACAAAUGUCGUUAAAACGAACAAUAAACAACAAGCGAACGAGUUUGAUACUUCAAACAAUACGACGACUGGAAAUCAGAUGGAGGUCUCAUCAAAAGAACAUAUUGGCAAGAGCACUGUUGAUGUUGACAUGAAAGGCAAUACACAAAGCAAUCGAAAAACUUUCGUAACGUCGAUAAAUUCUAGGAACAACGGCGAGAUAAGUGCUAUUGCGAACAACAAUUCAAGCGAGAAAAGUUCAAAUGAUUUUGAAAUACAAAGAUUCAUAUCAGAGCACAUCAAAUACAAAUCGAAUAAUAUAACGAUCAAGAAAUCAUGGGGAAAGUGGAGCUCGUGGAGUAGCUGCAGUCGUUCAUGCGGUGAUGGAGUCAUGUCACAAUCAAGAGAAUGCAUGGAGAAGAUCAACGAAGAAUUGUCGCAUAAAUCUCACUUCUUUGGCUUUUUCUUUCUCACAUUUCGUCUGUUUUCUGCAUGCGUCAAUCAGAAAUGUCCACAUCCAGAUGGGGAUUUUCGAGCGCAGCAAUGUAGUGAGUUUGAUAAUCAGUCAUUCCGAGGGCAAACGUAUAAGUGGGAACCGUAUAUCAAAGACGAUGCUGAAUGUGAGUUGAACUGUCGUCCUGUGAACCAAAAGUAUUUUGCAAGGUUGAGAGAAUACGCAAUCGAUGGAACUAACUGCUCCAAAGUUCAUAAUCCACCGAAAAGUAAUGUUGCUUAUGAACGAAGCGUUUGUGUAGAAGGAAAAUGCAAGCUGAAAAGAUUUGAAAGAUUGUUGAGUGAUGUUAGAGUUUGA